AUGAAGGAAUGUUUGGUAAUAAUUAUUUGGCUAGUGGCGUCCACGACGCAAAAAGUUACUAGUAUCAAGUGCGCCGAAUGCGAUUAUCUACCUCAUACACCCAUUUCUGGCACCAGAACUUGUCCAGAAAAUUGUUACGGUGACAUCUGUUUUAUUGUAGUUAACAAUUACUACAACGAAACUCUGAUAUCGGGAUGUGUGAAUGUUGACACUGGAACGCGAACAUUUUUCCGUAAUCAUGCUUACUGUUAUAAAAGAAGUCAGUACACGAUCUGUGGAUGUACUACUUUAGAUCGGUGUAACAGUCCACAAGCACCAUUUUCCAUGUUUACUUUCGUCACCACACCUUUUUUCGAAGACUGUCAAUUUGUACCGAAAUAUGGCGAUAGAAGAUGCAAUCAGUUUCAAUGUAAUAUCACUUCAGCAGAAGAUAAUUCUAAAACGGAAAUGUCGCUCAAAGGACAACAACCUGAGGAAGGCGCAAAAAGUAACAUGUAA